CCCGCAUAUAGUUAUAAAUUACUUCGGUUUCGUUUAUUUCGUAGCAACAAAAAAUUCGAUUCCAUUUUUUGUGUUUGUUAUAUUUUUUAAUACAAUUUACACGUAAAAAUUUGGAAUUUUGUUACUUUACGUCGUAGAUACGACCGGCUGAUUUAGAUGUUUUUCCCGCCAUUUCGCGUUACAUGUCUGUUGAGUUAGACUUGGACACUUUUUAUUUAUUUCAAUCGUGAAUAUUAUAAUCUAUAAAACAAAACUGUGAUUUCAUUGGUAUGGAGCAAUUACAUAAGCGACAGAAAAUUACAAAAGAAUCGACCGUUAACGAUAUCGCGUCUUCCAUUAGUGAAAUAUCUGAAUCUAUCGAUUCUAUAAGUAAGAAGUAUAGAACUAUCUUAAAGGUUAAUAAAGCAGUGGUCCUAUAUUUUCAAGAUAUUAAGGAGCGUCAAAAGGAAUCGAAUAUAGAGCGACUACAAUUCGAGUUAGAAGAAACAAGAAUAGAUUAGGAAUAAUAUUUGGUAAGCGGAUGAUGGAUGAGUACACGCAAGCUAUUUCAUUCGUCAACAGCUACUUUGCCCUGGUCGAUGGUCUCGCUUAUGGUUUAGAAAGCCACCUCUCGGAGAAUGUGAUUCUCGAUUGGUUCGGUAGGACGAUCAAAGGCAGGAAAAACGUAACAGCUUUCAUGGAAACGCACAAAGUGAAUAGUCGGCACAUAUUUGGGAAUAUCGUACCCAGUACCUGUAUCAAUUACGAAAAGAAACGCGCGGAUCGGAGAACGAUCUUCUCGUAUAAAAAUUAUGAUGCUCGGGAAUUUCGACGCAGCGAUGUCGACGUUGAUAACAAUGAGAAUCAAAAUCAGCCUGAAUCAUCCGACCAAGAAUUACCGGAAAUGUUCUCAAAGGAUGACGUCAUUAAAGAUUUCAACCAAAAUGAAAUCAAUACGAAGGGAAUCACUGCGAUGCACGACACAUUCUACGACUUAAGAGAGGGUGAUCUCAGCAAUCUUUUCAAGCUUGAGAUCUCGUCGACCAACAUAGAGGAGAUCGAGCAGAGCAUUAAUAGGAUAAAAUUGGAAGAGGAAAUUGCACCAACCGUCAAAGCUAUCAAGAGAGAGUGUGGUCAAGGAGAUGGGCCUGUCGUCGCUGAAACUAGCACCAUCAAAUAUGUGGAAGCUGAUGGAGAAAUAGAAUUUUCCCGCAAACAUUGGAAAGGAGAUGCUUGGAAUGCGUAUUCCUCGGCUACGUCUGGCGUUCACACUUGGAGGCGACCGUGCAAACUGCAAAUCGCGUAUUCCAUUUCAACCGACAGUCCAGCCUUGGAAUCGUCUCGUAAAAGUAAGAGUUCCACGGCACGUUUUGGCCAACCAAAAGCUAAAUUGCCUAGUCUAGAAGAGAUAAAUGAAAUCAGUAAUCGGCUGGUACCAAAUACGAGCGAUUUCGGCGGUUUCUUGAAACAACUCGACUUCUUCGAGGAUCGUAAAGAUUUUCUAGAAAUCUUUGGCUCCGAGAUAGCGAUCUCGGAUCCCUGCACGCCGUCACUCGCCCCCCAAUACGUGGAUCACAAGUUGAUCUUUAACAAACCACGCGCCAACGUGGACAGUUGCAACGAUCGAAAUGAGAAAAAAUUUGUUUUUAAUUAUCAAAUCCAUUUAAUAAUAUACGAUGGCAGCAACAAGUGUAGAGUAAAUCUUUUGCGCGAGUUCGGAAGAGCGAAAAUGUAGGAGAGAAAAGAACACGGAUCCUUUUCUUUAUCGUUGAUAUCGGUAAUCUAAUCAGGGGACAGAUAGAAUUGCAGUUAUUCGUUUAUUUUUUUUUUCGUUUUCAUUUAGACAGCGUCGGAGCACAAAUUUCUUUGCAAUAAUUUUUUUCAAAAGAAACUCAUCGUUCGAAUAACUUUUCUACAAAUUCAACAAAUUAACGUUACGACUCGUUUUUCUGUUUUUUUUUUUUUUUUUUUUUUAUCGAACGAUUGUUUCGCAAUAGUUUUCGAUUUAGGAAACAGAGUUCAAGUAAUAUAGCAAGCAUUUCUGCGAAUUACGUUUGUCGCGACUUUGAAUUUUAUAGCUUUCUUUCGCUGAUCAAACUUUUCUUAAUUUAGAGGUCGGUUAUACGGUUUAUCGAAUGAUCUCAUCUUUGCCGAUAACGGAGCGUCGUUCAAACAAGUAAACUCGACACCAAACGAGACACCGCUCCGUUUAAUCUAUUUAUCCGAUUGAACAAUAUUUGUUGCGAUCGUUGCCGAUUUAUUAGCAACGAUUUGUUCGUUAAACAUCGAGGAAUUCGCGACUGCAGCUGGUUCUGCAUUAUCGCGUAAAAUUCACCGUAUACAUAGUAUUCUUGUAUAUUCUUAGAAUUUUAAAUCAGAGAUUUCAUCGAAUAAUGUUCGAUGAAAUCGAAUAAUCGUUAAUGCUCUACGAGAUCGUAUUACUUGGCGAUGGGUUUUCCUUGAACCGUUACAAGUCGAUCAGUUUCCCUAACCUACGGUCAUUUAAUGCCGCAGAUUCUUAAUGAAAAUCUCACGCGUUAACGGGUUCUUCGAGAAAGU